GGAAGGAGAGUGCAGCUGGGAAUUUUUUGCCUGAAGCGAAACAGACCAGAGCUCUGUGGCAAAAGAAGCAGCGAUAGAGUAGGGAAGAGGAAAAGAGGAAGGAAAUAGAGAGGUAGAAAAGAGGAUAAAAGUUUAAAGAAGGGAUGAUGAGAAAGGAGGGAUUUGUGGGAGAUUUGAUGAGAUGAGGGAGGAGUGAGAGUGAGUGAGGAGGAGAGUGGAAGAUGACAGAGGGAAGGGGAUCCUGUCUGUUUGCCGUCUUGGAAGAAAAGCAAUGUCAAGGCAAGUUGCACACUCACACACACAAACCUUUAAAUCUGCUCUUGUGUAUUCACAAUCUUUCUGCAAGAAAGUGCAAAGAAAAACAGCAAAAAACACUCUGCACCAACUUCACUCUCAAUCCACAAACCCGACAUUUGAUGUCUGUUUACAUACCUGCAUACACACACCCUCAGUGUACUCUCUCUCUCUCUCUCUCUCUCUCUCUCUCUCUCUCGCUCACUCACUCACUCACUCCCUCCCGCUCUCUCUCUCUCUCACUCUGCCGUCUUCUCCCUCCAGCAGCAGGUCCCUGGAAGCAGCCAAACUGUCAGUGACUGUUGCGAACACAUGCUCGCUCUCAACUCGGCUCUUUUGCUGCCAAGGAAGGAGGAGGAGGAAGAGGAAGAAGAGGAGGAGGAGGAGGAGGAGAAGAAGCGAAGCUGGAAGGGAUUGACAGAUAGAGAAGAGAAAGAGGGAGACUUGGACCAACCUCUGACUGCUUCACUUCAAGUCUGGCUGAGAGUGUGAGAGACCAGAGGCGGACAACCAGUGAUGCUUUAGCAUCCAGGACAUAGUCAGGACCAUCUACAGCUUUUUUUUUUUUCUUUUUCCCUUUUUCUUCUUUAGUUUUGAUGAUGAGGAGGGACCGGAUCUUCUUAGCCACGAUCCUCACUGCCAUCUUCUCUGCUGACCUCUACUUCAUCCUGCUGCCAAAGCUGAGGAGCAGGGGGCACAAAUCAGGACACCUUUGCUCAUGUGGUCCCACAAACUUCACCCUCCCCAAGCUCGGGGGUCUUGCCUCCCCACAGCUCUCAAACUGGACAUCUGGUCCACCACUGGAUGUCACCACAUCUGGAUUCGACGAUGGCAUCUCAAAGCUGGAAAAGCUGUUUUCCCAUCCACUGUACAACAUCCAGACUCCACUGCUGGGGCCGGAGGAGAGGCUGCUGCAGGCGGAGCAGCUGAUGGAGUAUUACAGGAGGAAGGUGUCACGCUGGGAAAGGUCAGAUUGUGGUGCCACUUUUCUAAAGUUUAAAAUCACAUCCAGACUUAGCUACAUUUAUCCACAGUGCAGUUUCUUUUGUGACCGCAUGUGACUUUCUUCUCUGAUGUUACUCAACUUAAUUUGGGAAAGAGAAAAGCACGUGUCGGGGCUUGACUGUGUUCAAAGGGCAGGGUCACUGACUUGACAGACAAACACGCCAUCUGCGCACGUAAACACACUCUGAUAACAGCAUUACACCCACAUUCAAAUGUCAGGAUGUGUUAAGACUAUUUUGUGCGUCAUAAAAAGCCUAAAUGCCGUGUAAAAAAAACAACCCCAGAGUAAGUCAUCCCUGGGAGCUCACGUCUGGAGCACGCACUUUAAGGUAAACAGCGAUUUAAAGCUGCUAAAGCUUGUAUUACGCUGUGGGAGCCGCUGCUGUUUUGGCUUGCGAGGCAGUCUGUGGAUGCCGCACACAGUGAGAUACACAUUUUGGGCUCUUACGUUGGAAAACUGGAAGAAAUAUGAGGAUUGGAUGUGCUCUCUGCUGUGCACAAACACAAUGGAUAACCCGAAGGCUUGUUUAAGGGUUGCAAUAUGUUGCAACACCAUCCUGACACCAACAUUUUUGGAGAUUUUUAUGUUAGCGGCUGCUCCAACAUAACUAAAACUUAUUUCCACAUAAAACCUGAAAACAUUCUUUAUCACCUCCUGAUGAUCAAUCAUGAAAAGCUUCAAUCUGGUAAACAUCCACCACUCUGCUCUCUGACUCUGCUCUUUGAGUUCUACAUUUAUCCUGAUUACUCUCAUCCCGCAUUUGGCCUUUGACCUUUAAACAUAUUCGUAUUUUUAUCCCUUCUUUUGGUGCUUUAUUCAGCCUGUGAUGGAGUUUGUUUUAGGAGAUGACCAUCCUACUCAGUGCGGUUGGCUCUGGCGAUGUGGGCGCGCUCUCUAACCACAGCCUUAUUUGUUUUGGUCUCAGAUUAUUCCUCCUCUCGGGCUGUAAGUAUAGCUCAGAGUAGAGGAGAGGAGGCUGUGGAAAUUUAAAGAUGUGUUACAGCUGCUUUUGAGACAAUAGAGACCUGGUAGGGUGACCAAUAACAUUAGACAUGUGAAUGACAUACUUGGCCACAGGCGAGUAUUUUGUAAGUUUGAAUUAAAUAAAUAUCUGUUUCCUUUGCUGUAACUUUUACAUGUUUUUUUAAAUGGUGGAAGAAAACCUGUUGGAUUCUCUCUGCCAUGCAAGUGCUCUGUAGUCCUUCCAAAAUAAAAUACUGCCUCUAAAAAGAGUAAAUUUUUUUUGUAUGUCAAGCAGUCCAAGUGUAUCUAGACCACAGCCAAAGCCCUGGUCUUUCUCAGUCAGAGUAUUCACAGGAACUCUGAAGAAGAGAAAACGUAUGAGAACAUUUUUCGUAUAUCAGAACGUUUUCUUAAAGUGUUUCUCUGCCUCCUUAGACAUAUGAAGAUUUACACCCAAGCAGCAGCUUUGUCCAACAUCACUGUGACCCAGCAUGACGUGACUUUUGACCCAGAUGCCACCUGGGUGAAGUUCCACCUGGGAAUCAACCGUUACGCUCUGUAUUCACGAGAUGACCCGUCCAUCCCAAAACUCCUCAAAGAGAUGCAGAGCAUGACGGUCAUCGGUGCAGGUAAAAGAGGAUACAUAAGGUGACAGAAGUGGUAAAAAAUAGAAGUACAGUUCCUUCAAGAAAAAAAUAAAUCUGAUAAAAACACAAGAAAAUCUACUUUUUUAAAAGUGGUGAUGAAGGAUCUGAAAUAAACUCACAGGACAAAAAUGAAAAGUAGAACUCUGAGGGACAUUUCUACCGGCUGAUUCUUCAUAAAGCUCAUUUAGACGCAGAAACCAUCAAACAUGUCUUUCUCAUUCAGCUUUAUUUUCAAUUCUCGUUCCUCUGCAUGCCAAUAAAAUCUGUCUAUUCAGGUGGACCACCAUUAAAAACAUGAAAACUCAUUGGGUUGAUCAGUAAAGUUCCUGGAAAAAUGGAUUGUAACACAGAAAAGUUAGAUCUUGUCACAGCCUUCUCCUCAGGAUUGACAGAUGCAGACCAACUGGUUUGGUUUGAACUUUUCUUACUGUGAUACCUGCAGUCUUGGACCAAUCAGGAGGAAACUUGGAAAUCAGAGCCAUCUACACUCAAGUGAACUCUCUCUUCUCUCACCUUAAGUUAAAAAUGUAAAUGUCAAUUUUUUUAACAGGACUGUUCAAAAUUUUAAAAACGAGGAUCAAGGACACAUUAAAGGACGGAGAAAGCAAAGUUUGAACAUUACUUUGAUUGAUUUACGAUUUUAUAAGACUAACCCUAACCCUAAUUUUAUGAGAAUGACGUCUUAAAUACUGAAGAUGGUCAAUCCAUAUGUUAAACAACAUAAUAAGUAAAAUUAGAAGAGCCGCCUGCACUAAAACGAGGACUGUGGAUGAUCUUGUGAAAUUAUACAAAACAGCCAUUAAGAAUAAGAAGAACUGUUCUGAUCCCCAAGGAAAAAUCAAAGCUGUCCUUUUUCAGAGUGGACUCAGUUUUGUUACAGUCGAUUCAGGAUCAUGAUACUUUUAAUCAUUUGGUGACAAUAUGCUAAAAGACUGAGAUUUGUGUCAUUUAAGAGUGUCACUUCACAUAAUACUUCAUGUUCUUUAUCUUAGAACAGCUGACUGGCAGCUCUUCUAAUUUUCAAAUAAAAAUUAAGGAUAAAAGCUAGAAUUUCUUCUCAUAAAUUCACAACUUUAUUCACAUACAUUUAAGAGUCAAAUCUCAAAAUGUGUUUUUUUUCUUCUAUAACAUGGUCUGUCUCUGAUUGAUUGAUUGUGAAAAAUGCAGGGACUUUUUAGCAUCUCACUGCGUGGCUGCAGCUAUGGCAUGACACGGUGUCUGCAGGAGUCUUAUGCAGCAAGACAUUGUCAGCGUUUGUGUAGUGACAGUAAAAUGGCCGUCUUCAGUGCAAAAUAAAGAGAAAAAAUACACGUGUCGUCUCUGGUCUGAGUGCCGUAAAUCGUUUUGUUCCUGGUCCCAACCCGAUCACUGGCUCUUGUUUUCCCUGUUUUCACUUUUCAGAAAUAGCUUAUCUUUAAACAGAUGGGCUCAUUUGCUGUUGCAGAUGACAGGUGACAGGGAGACAUCAGCAGAAACAAGAAAUGUUUUUUUAAAUCUAUUCAAAGGUUUAAAUCUGGAAAAGAGCAGAAAGUUAUUUCUCUAUUACAUAAUUUCAACAUUUGUACCAUUUUAUUUCUUGUUCAAAUCUAGACCACAUUCCUGUUAAAACAAAAACUUUAAAUUCUUCAAUUUUUACCCUCAACGUCACACCAUCUUUAAUUACACUAGCUUUAUUGCAAUGCACUCUCCCUCUUUCGUGCGAUUCAGCAGCAUCCUAAAAGAGGUUCUUUGAGUGUUUUUUUUUUAAAGCUGGUUAUGAAAGACACUGACACCAAAACUGAAUCCCUACAUGAUCUACAAAAACAAACAAGACCAUCACCAGCACGAGAACAAACUCACUUUUAAUGCCUGAAGGUUGAAAAAAACAGAUGUUACACAUGUUUUGGGCUAGAUCAGCAAAGCAACAAGAUGUACUGUUCUGAACCAGAAGUUUUCUCCCAUGCAGGAGCUCUAAAGAGCAGUUUGCUGACUUUGUGCUUAAUUGAAGAGACUAUCAGAGAUAACAGUUUUAUAGCUGUUACAUUUAAUAUGGAUAUGAUUUUAACAGACAAUCCAGUGCUGCAUGUUAAGACCAACAAGUUCACUAUCUUUAAUCUCUUACAGAUUACACUCAAGAUGAGAAGGCCCUGAAAGGAGUAUGUGAUUGCACCCAAGGUUGGUUCACAUCCCCUCACACUAAACUAAUGCUCCUGUCUCUGCUCAGAUUUUUGUUCUUUAUCUUGUAUCUGAUGCUUUGUAGCUGCAUAUCCGGCAUGUAAUAGCACGAUUGUUCGAUCCCUGACUAUCCCCCUUUGUUUUCUUCUUUUUCACGGUGCUCAUUGGUUCCAUCUGACACAAACACACUGCCCCCUUUGUGAUUGAGAGAAUUGCAUUAUUGGGCACUGAAAUUAAGAUUUACUGGUCUUUAUAAGAUUCCUGCUCUGGGGCACAUAAAACCAGGCAUUUGUUGUUCAAAGGGAGAGCUCUUAAUUAAAUGUUUGAUGUGUACACACUCUGAGGGAAGCAGAUGUUUCCAGGAUUUAAUCACACCACCUACGCUUACCUCUCUAACUAUAGGAAAGACAAAGCAGAUGGAUAAUUGAAAAAGUGAUGAGGAUACCUGUUGGCUAGGAUACAAGGAUACAAAUGCAUUUGUCAAGGCAGUGCUACACCUUCCUCAUGCAGAAAUACUAACACUGAGGCAGAAUAGCUCUGAUAUCACAGCACUUUCAUAUUUUGCCCUUUUUUUAUGUGUUUUGCUGCUCUUACAACCUUUUUGUUCUCCUGAUGCCUUGGCGACACAGUGAAGUAGCCGACCGCACAAACAUCCGUCAUUGCCAAGUGGAAAUGCAGCAAAACAAUCCGUCCAGACGGUUUAAAUUUAACCUAAAAAAAAACAUUCUCAUAAUUUCAGGAACUAAAGACGGACAGUUUUCAUCGUCCUUAAAGACUGUUUAUGCCUCUUUUCAGUCACUUCCAGUAAAAUAAAGUCGCAAUUGUAAAGCUUUAUGCAAUUGUUAACUAUUAAUACACUGAAGUUUCAGCGAGCACAGCAGGGGGGAGGCGAGUGUGUGGUUAGUCUGGCCUCAUGCUGUGAAAUAAUAUACAGCCAGACAGAAAAGAGCAGGGCUCAAGCUGUGCCACCAAAAACCCCCAAUUACUUUAUCACAGGGAGCUGGCAGAUCCAGGAAAUAUUCCAGUUUGAACCGGCCUCUAGGGCAUCACAAUGAAAACCAAAUACUGACUCAGUCACCUGAUACACAGUGUUUGCUUUUGUCAGGCUGACAUCUAAACCCAGAACCUGACACAAAGUAAAGAAGGAGUGUUUUUCUACAUCAUUUGAAAGUUGUCUGUCUUUGUGUCUCUCUGCUGCAGUUGUGAAGCCCAGUGGACAUCACCUGAAACUGGCUCUGAAGAUGCAAAACUUUGCGAAAGCCAUGUUCAAGCCCAUGAGGUGAGGGCUGAACCCACAUUUUUGGAGUCCUUUCUAUAUAUCAUGGUAGUUUUUAUGUCAGAGCAAAGUGGGUGAGGCACAUAGAGGGUGUCAAACAUAGAGGUCGUCUCAAUGAGGUGACCAAUGGGUAUCCAAAGGAGGUUGUAAACAUAGAUUUAAGCAUGUAGAAGCAGUAUGCACUGCUGGUGUUUAUGGGGGUAAUACAUUAAAGCAGCUGCCAUACUGACGAGAGGGCGCCUAUGUAAGUCUGUAACAACAGCAGCGUAUAACAACUGUGAGAAAAAGGAAAUGAAGCCAACACAAAGUCACGCAUGAUCUUAUAGACUCAUGUUUUCAAAGACUACAGCUUUGAUUCUUUCAUUAUCGCACCAUUGAGAUAUGUAUGUCUCAAACAGAGAUUUCAUACAUGAUGCGAGGUGACUAGGUUGUUUUGACACCUUCAAAGAGCAGUCCAGUUUUACUCAAAUGUUGUUUCUAAUUGUGUAAAAUAUCCCCAAAAACACAAGCAUGGCUAAAAUAUUAAUGUCACUGGCCUUGAUAGGUUAAAGUUAAAACCAGCAAACAGUGAGCUUUACCUAUCUGACUUAACAAGCAGCUGCAUUCACAUCUUCAGUCAAGUUGGGUGUUCAACUCUGAGGCCUGAUGUGGCUCUUUGAGGAACUACAGUUUGACAUACUGGUUUUGUAUUUUAACUCUGGAGGGAGGUUGAGGUUUGGUUUAGAGUAACCUGAAAACUAGAAUUAUGGUGUUGCUAUAACUUAAAAUUAGCCCUUAGUAUCCAAAUAGGGAUGAUAAGGUACAAAGGCCCUCUAUGUGCUCUAUCCCACUGUGACAGAGGAGAACAAGUCAUAGUCAAAAAGUCCUCUAAACAUGAAAUUUAAGAUUUUGUCAUAUUUAAGUGAAUUUCCUCAGGUCAGGUCCUGAGUUAAUUUAUGUCAGGCUAAAUCAUCUGGUGUUGGUUAAAAUGAGGGUAUUUGGUGCGUUGAUUAUACACUACAGACUGCUCAUACUGACGGCUUGAUCACUGUGUUUGUCAUGACUCUGCGCGUGGGUGCGUGUGUGUGUGUGUGUGUGUGUGUGUGUGUGUGUGUGUGUGUGUGUGUGUGUGUGUGUGUGUGUGUGUCAGGCAGCAGAGGGAUGACGAGACACCCGAGGACCUCUUCUACUUUGUUGAUUUCCAGAGACAUAAUGCAGAGAUCGCUGCUUUCCACUUGGACAGGUACAAAAUUGAUGUCUUCAAUUUUUAAAGUUGUUUUUUCUCUUUUAUCAUCAUCUUAGUAAAACUCUCCAGUAUUUUAGUCAGUGAUAGCAUUUUUUAAUUAGUUAUCAUUGUGCACACUUGUAAUCUGAGUGCUCCCUAUUAUGCUCUUUCUUUUAAAGUAAACUAAAUAGUCAAUGGAAAUCAGUUUUAAAGAGUGCCACAUUGACUUCGUUAACGUAACUUUGAGAAUUCUGGUUUUAGUCGUACCUCAGCUCUAAUCACAUCAAGCAAGUGUUAAACAUGUCCUCAACUCUAGCCUGUGUUAGCCUGUCACUGGGUGAAAUAUGCAGAGGCAAGAAACUUCAUUGUGGCUCCAGUGGGAGGAUGCUUUAAUUGUGGUUGCUGAUUGUUUGUUGAAGAAUCUGGCAUAGCAGGUAACCCAAGCAGAUAGCUGCCAGCGAGGAAGGUGUGACCAUGACGCCACAGUAUCCUGUUUUCUUUCUGAAUUCUUCAGGUUGCAAAAACAACUUUCUAGAAGCUGGGCUUUUCCUGGUUACUAAAAUAUGGAUAUGAGGUAUGACGUUCACAUGCACAAACAUGAAAAAUGGGGGACCUAGGGGGUUUUCACACCUACGUUGUUUGGACCAGACUUUCAGACUUUUCUGUUUAGUGCGAACCAAAAUGAUAGGUGUGAAACCUCUCCAGGACCUUGGUCCGGACCAAACAGCUGGACUUUGAUUCGACCAAAAGAAGUGAUCUCGGUCCAGACCAAACUGAACCACAGUCUGGUUCACGCCCAGUGUGAAAGCAUUAUCUUGAAACGUUUGGACCUUUGUACCAAGGACAGGUAAUGACACGAGGAGUAGAGGUAUUCGUUAUUAUGUUUAUGGAGAUUGUCUAAUAACGGGAAAUUUUAUUAUAUUGUAGAUACAGUUUUACCUCACUAUUGACAGCUUAUCUUCUCAAGAGUUUUACUACACAUAGUUUUCUCCCGAGCCGGUGUUGCAGUGACUCGCAGGAUUUCAUGCUUUCUUCUCCUUUCCUGUCAUUGUCGAUAAAGUUGUCAUCUAAUGAUCAAAUUCAUGAGACUUCCUUGAACCAGCCUGAUGUACAGAUCUUUAAGUUGUCACUGUUGGAGGUAGAAGAUCAAAAAUAGUGCGAUGGUGGGAAUGACAAUUUCAUCCAUGUUUACACCAUUCAAGACCCGCGCUUUUCAACUGUUGACCUCAAAUGCUCGGCGGCUUAAUGACCAAUCAAUGUAACUACAGAGACACGUAAAGCACAAAGUUGAUGACAAUAUCACAUUGGUUCAUCAUGUAAAGUCUGUUAGUCCGUUUGCAAUAAUAAGAGUGUGAAACCUAAACAGACCGAACCAAAUGUAUACAAUGUAACAAAAACACAGAGCUUGGUUCAGACCUUGGUCCGAACUUUCAGGUGUGAAAACACCCUUAAGAAUCAGGAUACUGGAGUCCAUGUAAACAAAUCUGCUGAUAUGACCAUGAACACCGGUGUAACCAACUCUGUGGAGCAAGCACAACUUUGGGGAGUGUUGGUCAAUUCACUUUUUUUUUUUCUCUUGAUCAAAAUAUUUUUUGUUGGCUCUGCUCAUGCAAGUGUCGUUAUCAACUCAUGUCUGAUUUGUAACUUGUUAAAACUCCCUACAGUAGCUUUAAGUGUCCAAAGAUAUCCCAGUUGGAUGUUUCUACAAUGAAGAGAAGCAACAGCCAAUCCAAAAAUCCUAAAUAGUCUAAGAGCCAUAAAUCAAGUGCAAAGAAAUAAACCAGCCAGCCUACACAUAGAUUGCAACACGUUACCCAGCCCAUGAUUUCCAAACUAGCUGAUCAGCACAACCCACAGACUGUAGACAAACACAGGAACACACACGUCUUUUUGUAAUCGCACAUAAGCCAAAGUGAGGUGAUUCAUUCUGAACAGCAGUCAUCUGUGCUAGACUGUGUCAUUAAGUAGCCACACACCAUAAUUCACUCGGGGAGAGAUGUCAACAGCUCAAUCACUAUAUUUACACGGCUAUUCUGAGUAUUUUCUCCUAUUUGAAUCAUAUUUUAACCUUUAAAAUAUGAGAAACAGAUGAGACAUCAUAGCUUCUUCUACCACCAAACACAUAGGAAAAACUGUCUGCUUCUUCUAAUGCAUGGUGGUGUGUUUUUAAUCUGUGGCAGAGUGUUGUCUCUCUCUGUUGUGUCUGUGGUGGCUGCCAGAAGCUCCCAUUAUCAUCGCCAGCAAUCAGUAGUUGAGGGAAAGCCGAGGAUUUGAGAAACCGCCAUUCAGCCUCACACACUGAUUGUUGUGUGAUUGCUGUUUUUGAGUCAUGACUGAAAUAUGGCCCUCAGAGGAACAUAGGCUCUUGGUAGUGUUUUUGAAAGCAGCCAGUUAAAUUAUACGGCGUGGAGACUGACAGUUUGGUUUAUUCAUUAAUCAGAGGGACUAAAAAUGGACCAUGAAGUCCUGUUAAACAAAGUAGAAAGACAGAGAUGAGGAUUCCUCAAACACUGGAGCUUUUUCGCCAUAUUUCAGUGAAUAGAUCAUUCACUAAAAAUGUCAUAAUUGAGCUGUGAGACUUCAAAUUAUGGGGGUUUUCCUCUGACUCUCUCAAACCUGUUUUUUUAGGAUCCUGGAUUUCAGGAGGGUCCCUCCUGUGUCUGGCAGACUGGUGAACGUCACAGGAGAAGUGCUCCAAGUCACCCAUAACGAAGACCUGCGGGGGGUCUUCUUCACCUCACCUGGUAAAACAAACUACCAGACCCUUUUCAGUGGAUUCUGUUUUUCAGCCAACUUUUGAAAGAAAGCAAACCACUAAAUUAAAGGCAGCAUUUAUUUGGUUGUCUCGAAUGAUAGUUUACCCUAGGUGGAUAUUUUGUGUUAGGGCUGGGCGAUAAAACGAUAAUGAUACAUAUCAAAAAUUUAUUUCCCUCAAUAUCAAUAUAAAACAUGGUCAGUAUGCUUUUUGAUAGUCGGCAAUCUGCCAUGUUUUGGUAGACUAUACGAAUAACCAAUGAAAAGGGGGGUUGCUCCAGGUCCGCUUCGCACUGAACCAAUCAUAUGCUGAAUUGGAACCAUGCAGCAAACAACUGCGUAGUACCAGACUGCAGCUACACACAACCAUAGCAUUUUAACACUUGAAGCCAACAGCACUGCUACCACCAGCAGGUAUGCAGAUAAAGACUCAACAGAUGAUAACAUCGUCGACAACACUGGCAUGAAAACAUUGGUGGUGUGGAGGUAUUUUGGUUUUUUGAGAUCGGACAUGAAGCAGAGCAAUGUGCACUGCAAAUUAUGUCAAGUACAUGUUCUUGCAAAGUCGGGGAAUACCUCAAAUCUUUUUCACUACCUGAAGCAGUGCUAUGUGGCAGAGCACACGCAAUGCAAGAGGUUACAAACCCCGAGCGGCGCAAGGAGCCCAUGGCGCCUGUGCAGCCGACCAUUCAGUCCGCGUUCUCUAGCACAACGCCUUACGACAAAACGUCAAAGAGACACAGAGACCUCACAGAUGCAGUAGCUUACUGUAUUGCACAAGACAUGCUACCAAUAAGCACUGUUAAAUUUCAUUUUUUAUAUUGUGAUAUAAAUCGAUAGAUUAAUAUGAAAAAAAAAUAUUGUGAUAAACUUUUUCACAUAUCGCCCAGCCCUAUUUUGUGCUGGUUUUAAGCUCCUGUAACAAAAAAUGUAAAUGUCCACCUGCUCUAGACUUUCUAUUUUUAAUACCUGUUUGAUGUCUGUGUAUCUAUAAUACUCAUCAGAACUUAUCCAAAGGGAAAACUCAGUUCAAAUUCCAGUAUUUGUUUCCCUCACUCAGCCAACAACACUUGCUUCUUUGCCAAGUGCCUGUAUGUGUGUAAAACGGAGUAUGCUGUGUGUGGAAACCCUGACCUGCUGGAGGGCUCCCUGUCUGCCUACCUGCCUGGGCUCAGCAUCGCCCCCCGAAUCUCCAUCCCCAACCCCUGGAUCCGCUCCUACACCUUCAGCGGACGAGAGGAGUAAGACGUAAACCUCUAUACAGCCAUCAUAUCCUCUUUGAAAGUUUAUUUAAAUAGGAACAUUUUUUUGUUAAAGCAGUUUACUGGGAACAUUGUGACGAGUUAAUAGUUUAAGGAUCAGAGUCUGCAGCUGUAAUCUAACUGUGGUCCAGACAGUUGGUGGUCUUUGGUUUGACCAUAAAUACAAGUUUAAUGAAAGACCUGAGAUCCCUAAACUCUGUUGAUGUGUUGGGUGUUUAUGUCUUUGGUGAAGACUUUUCAAAGUUAGGAAAAAAGGAGAGGAGCGCUUUGUUGUUUCAAUCUAGAUUCAGGAGAGACACAAACACAAUCGAACACAGGCUGCAUGUACAACAUGAACAGAUAAAUUUACAAACUGUGAGUUAAAGCUAAUAUGCACUUACUUUGUAAGAAUGUCACGUGCCAGAGUAAAAACAAAAGGGAAAGGACCCAAAAUGCAGACAGAAAAGGAUCUAUAAAGAACUAAAUGAAAUGCAAGAAAAACUACUUUAAAUGUCCAACUGAAAAAUUCCCAAAGGCAAAAAACACAAGAAACAAAAUCAAAACAAUCAAAAAUCACUGGGGAAAAAUCACAAGGAGACAACAGGGGACAGGAGCAGAGACACACAUUAACAUACAAUAAACAAACUAAGAACCAGGGGAAGACAGGGACUAUAUACACACAGUCAAACAAGCAACAGGUGAGGCAGACGAGCAACAGGUGAAACUCAUGGGUGAUUAACGAAGGAGGGAAAACAAGGGAAGUAAAACCAGACUAGAAACACAGGGAAUCAACUACAACAAAAUGAAAUAGGAAACACUAAAAGCUGAUCUAAAGAAUAAAACACUGAGAACAGGAGGGAAACAGGGUCAAACACAAACUGAAAACUCACAAGACAGGAUCACAGGAACACUAGGGAACAGAAAUACAAAGAAAAAAAAAACACAGAAAAUACACUCAAGUAACAAAACUAGGGAAAAACUAAAUGAACAGAACAUAUCAUGACAAAUGAACAGUUUUAUUCCACUUUGGAAAAUGUUUUUUUUUUUCUGUUUUUUGCUGAUACAGUCCUUCUCGUAGUGCUGUUGUUUGGUUAUGUGUCAAGCAAAAUAAGGGUAGUUUCACACAGCCUUUUUCCCUUACAUAAAUAAGUAUGAACUCUGAUGGUUAUAAAAUUCAAACAUGUUCUGAAUUGGCAUUUUUUUUUUCGGUCUCCUUCUAAAGGUGGGAGGUGAAUCCGUUCUUCUGCGACACCAUAAAGCAGAUGUAUCCGUAUAAUGCCGGCAACAGGCUGUUGAACAUUAUCGACAUGUCCAUCUUUGACUUCCUUAUCGGUGGGUUUUAUGAACUGUCCAUGAGAUCACCAGAGCUUUUAUUGUCUCAGAUAACUUUUCAAUAAAUCUCUGCUGUAUUUUACAGGCAACAUGGAUAGACAUCACUACGAGAUUUUUACCAAAUUUGGGGAUGAAGGAUUUGUUCUCCACUUGGACAAUGCCAGAGGGUGAGAUGCAGACGUUACAGAAGAUUACGUCAUUAUAGAUUUAUGUUUGUGUUUUUAUUCUCAUCUCAUUUUUGGGGUUUUAGGUUUGGAAAACACUCUCACGAUGAAAUGUCCAUCCUGGCUCCUUUGUCUCAGUGCUGCAUGUAAGUGUCAGGUUAGAAAGUCUCUCCAUGGGACCGUGGGUUUUAAAUGAAUAUCUGGAGCUUUUCUAUGGUGGCCCUGAAGGCCAAAAAUCAUUUGCAAUUGAAACAUUGUGAUAUAUAAAAGGUUGAUGUUAGUUGUGGUGUUUUUUAGAUGUUUCUUACAAUGCUUUUUUCACGAGGUUGAUUGUUUCUGUCAAAUGUUGUAUUUUGACCUUCAGGGCUACUGUAUUUUUGAACAACAUUAACCUUUAUGCCUCCACCUUCAGGAUAAAACGCUCCACUCUGAGGCGUCUCCAACUUCUGACUCGGCGCGACUACAGGCUCAGCGACGUGAUGAGGGAGUCCCUGCAGGGAGACCCCUUACAUCCGAUCCUAACAGAACCCCACCUCUUAGCUCUGGACCGCAGGUUACAGAAAGUCCUCCGGGUGGUGCAGCGCUGUGUGAGGCGGCUGGGUGAUGACGAGGUGAUCACCAGUGACUUUGCAAAAUCCACAUCAAAACCUCAGACUGUGACAGAGACAACACAGGUCAGGUAGCAGAGGGAUGAAGAGUCACUGCUCCUCCUCCUCCUCCUCUUUGUAGCUGCUCUGUGUGGAACAUGAAGACUCCAGAAGAUGAAACUCAGAUGGUUUCGAUUUCAGGAACAAGCCAUACAUGGAAGACGCUGUGAAAUGUUCAGAGGAGAGAAGGAAGGAACCUCUUUGUGCAGGUUCAGAGUAUGAAUCAUCGUAGACUUUGAAAACCCAUCCCAGAGGGAGCCAUACUUUUACGUCCUUUUGUUUCUCUCAUGCUCGUAAAUUCCUCCGAGGGUGCGUUUAAUGACUCUUUACAUGUGCACCUGCAACACCAAGCUGGUUUGUGAGAGAUUAAUUUAUUUUAAGACCCUUUAGGAAACAGCUGGACUCCAAAUUUUGCAGAGAAAUCAGCUAGAAUGUCAGCUAAAGAAAAGGAGAUCAAAUCAGAGAGAGCUGAGAUGCACUGGAUCAGUUUUUCAAAAUAAAUGUUGGUGAUUCUUUUAGGAUUGCUGUGUCUAUUUAUAUUAAACUAAUAAAUGAAAGUUUUAAGCAACAGCA